AUGGAACAGUGGCUUGUAUCAGUUCAGUGCCAGCCCAGUCAAAAGGACAGCAUUUCUCAAGUAAUUGAGCAAGAAGUUAUGCAGAUAAGUUCACGCGCACUUGGAAGAGUUCAUCUAUUCAAUUGUCCUACUCAUUUUAAAGUCGGGUCUCUUGAUCAGCUAGUAGCUUUAGCUGACGAUUUAACAAAGCUUGAUCAUCAUCUUGAAGGUGUUGUCAAAAAAGUAGAACGUCAAUUUGUUGAAAUUGAGCCAAACCCUCACAUUACUAUUGAUAACCCGUUUGUAGGAAACCAGCAGUCUUUUGCACCAAUGGAUUAUGUUGCAAAUUUUCAAUGGAACAAUUCGAAAUAUCCUCCUACAAAAACUCUUCAAGAACUCUCAGGACUAAUUGAAGAGAGAAUGAGAGCCCUUGAUGACGAUGUCAAAAAUAAAACAGUCCGUUACCAAGAAGCUAAGAAUUCAUUAGGAGCCAUCACAAAAAAAGAGUCCGGAAACCUUUAUUCUAACUCCCUAUUUAAAUUGGAACAAAAAAUCCUGUAAAGUACCCAAAAAAUGCAAAUUUUACCGAUGUUUUGCCCCAGUUUAAAAGGGGGGGAGUAAGGACCUCGCAGAAAUCAUUACAUCUGCAAUUGCUUCACCUGAAGACUUUGUAAACUCGGAGCACUUUAAAACUUACUUAGUUGUGCUCCCUAAAAAAGACGUAAAAAAGUGGCUAGAAACUUAUGAAUUUUUAGAUUCGGGAGUUGUUCCUCGGUGCACAAAGCAGUUUGAUGUCGAAGAUAAAGACCUGACACUGUGGAGAGCUAUUGUCCUUAAACCAUCUGCUGAUUCUUUUGUAGUUGCGGUAAAGCAAAAUAAAUGGGCUGCAAGAGAAUUCAGCUUCGACCCUGCUUAUACUGAAACCCAGCAAGCAUCAAAAGAAAAGGUCAAUAAACAGUUCCAAACACAGCAUAAUUUGUUGUGGAGAGCCUGCAAAGUAGUCUUCAGUGAAUUAUUUAUUGCCUUGGUGCAUCUAAAAGCCAUGAGGAUAUUUGCGGAAUCAGUACUGAGAUAUUCCUUGCCUCCUCAAUUUGUGUCAUUCUAUAUAGUCCCAGAAAGAGACAGAGAAAAAAGAGUGUUGGAUAGCAUGGUCAAGAAAUUCAUGAGACCUGGAGAAACAGCAGAUAUGUAUGGAUCGAGAGAAGACUCUGAUGAAAGCGACGAUUUCUUCCCAUUUGUCUUUGUCAGGCUUCCAUCAUUUUAA